AUAAAGGAUAACACUGGAUCAUAAUGUCCCUCGCCUAUUACUUUCUUUCUUUUAUUGUCUUCCUGUGCUUUUUUCGCCUAUAUUCACUUUUCCGCAAACGAGCCAGACUUAACGCUUUACUGAAACCACACAAUGAGCAGCUCCGAUAACAUCCAAGCUUUGAGCACCCAAUUCCAAUCCCUGCGAAACGUGCAAGGCCAUUACAUGGGUGGAGAUUUCAACGAGCAGGUUGAUGCUCCCAACGGUGCCAAGCACAACGCCAUGAAGGCGCUUGGCGAACGUUUUGGAGCCCCCGCAACACCAGCAACGGAAGUUCUUUCGCAUCUUGGCAAGCCCGAUGAACUAACACCCACCCUUCCACACGAGCUUACUUCGCAACAUGUUGCAACUAUGCCUGGACCUGCCGUACCCGGAUCGGAAUCAGCUGAAGCUCUCCAAAAGCCAUAUUAUCUUGUAUACUAUUGGCGCUCCAAGCACGACUACCUGUGGUUCAAGGUCGAUCCAGUCAAGGAAACCGUCAUCAACUCUGACUGGUAUCAGGCAUUGGACUAAAAUCUGUGUAAAAUAUCUGUCAGAUAGUUGUGGUUAGAUUUAUUGAUCGCAAUAAAGAAAUGUUUAUAUUGUAUUGCGUCGAU